AUGAACCCCUGCUGCGAGCUGGCCCGCUCCGGCGCCGACACACUCUCCUCUCUCUCCGGCUUCCUGCGUUUCUCUUCCUCUUCGCGCACCCUCGGAUGUCAUGACGAGCAUGCCUCCAGCGGCAGGGUCCCACUGCCUCCUUCAUCCUCCUCCUCCUCCUCUCCGCUGUUCACCUCGUCCUUGGGUUUGUCCCGUUUGGCGCUAAACGGCAGCGCAGGGAGUGCUUUGCCUGCCGCGCCGUCCCUCGACCCGGACGUGCGCACGAGAGAGGCUCGCAGCAUUUUAGGAGGCGGACCAAUAUGUUCCAGUCUGCAUGGAAGCCCGGAGGAGCGGCUCCCUGGCCGGCCUCAGCCCUGCUCAGGAGCUGUCAAACUUAGCGGCCCGGCCUGCAGGAGGCAGACUCGCCCAGAUGAGCUCCAGCUCAGCGCAGAGACGCUCCGGGUUUACUCCUGGAUGAGAGGCUCAGGGUCAAACCCCCGCAGAGGCCAGACCUACAGCCGCCACCAGACCCUGGAUCUGGAGAAGGAGUUCCACUUCAGCCGGUACCUGAGCAGGCAGCGCAGGAUCCAGCUGGCACGAGCACGCCAGCUGACGGAGAGACAGGUCAAGAUCUGGUUCCAGAACCGGAGGAUGAAGUGGAAGAAGGAGAAUCGUGGAACCGAAGGGUGCUCCACAACUGCAGGAGCUGGAGAGGGGGAGGAGGAGGAGGAGGAGGAGGAGGAGGAGGAGGAGGUGUGA